AUGUGUCCGUGGAGCAGCUCUGGUCCACUGCUGCUGCUGCUGCUGCUGAGCGCCCUGCGUCAAGUUCAACCGCAAGAAAACCGAGUGGUGUUUCUUCCUGGGACCUUUCAGAAUGUGUCCUUGUCCCAGAACGAGACGGUGCUGAUGGUGUCGCGAGUGCAGAGCGACGCGUCCUUCAUCACUGUGCAGUUCCACACACAGCACCGCAACACCACCCUCUCCUACACCAGGUUCCCAGGUGCUGGAGGCUCGCACUCGGCUGUAGACCCUGGACUGGUCUCUCCUCUGGAUCCAGGACAGACCGCCGUAACUCUGUUCCUUUCCACCAGCACCAGUGAGUCUGUGUCUGGCAGUGGCGUCAUCUUGUCCUACGCUGUCUCCGACCCAGUGCCCGGAGGAUGCAACAACGAAUUUAACCUGGCUAUAGAUCCGAAUAUCUACCUCCGCUACAACCUCUAUGAGACCACCAUAAGCUUUGCACCGGCCAACUUAGGACACGUGAGAGGUGAACCGGCCCCAGCCUGUGACGCCUCCUCUGGGCCCUUCUCCCGAUGGAGGCUGGAGUACGAUGUGUUUCAGUUUUUCCUCCCUGAAAACGACCUGUCGGAGGAAAGUCUGUUUGGAGCUCUGGAGACUGUGGCUGAUACUGAAGGCAUGGUCUCAAAUGGCAAGAAGGUGCUGACCCUGUCCUCUGCAGACCACAGAGCCGCUGUGUUCAGCUCGAUCCCGGGACAAGGCGUCAUCUACUCAGUGGUUGUGAGAGACCCUCUGCUGAACACCUCGGCCUCCUACGUCCCGGUGCACACAUACGCCUGCAGCUUCUCCUCCCAGCUGGACGGCUGCGACACACUCGGUAAAAUUUCUACCAAAAUCUUCUUCACCUUCACUGGCUUGGCCGGUCUGUUCAUUUGCUUUUUCGGACACAGAUUUUUCAAGUGUGAGCUCUUUUGUAUGGGGUUCAGCUUCACCGCAUUUUUCUUUUUUGUGCUGAUCUCGAGGACAGCUGAGCUGGAAUAUGACAUCCUCUUAGUCCUGUCGGCAGUCCUGGGGGUGGUGGGAGGCGUGGUGCUGGUCAUGAGCUGGUGGAGGUUCGGGUCGGUCUUGGCCUGUAUCGUUGUGGUCGGGUUAAUGUUGGGAUUCCUCAUCGCAGCCACUGUCCUCUUCACUCCUCUGGGAGACUUGGACAUCUUCAGACGCUCAGAUGCUGUUUUCUGGGUCACUUUUUGCUGCAUUAUGGUUGUUGUCCCUUUGUUCUUCAUACGGUGGCCCAGAGAGGGGAACAUCGCGGCCUGUGGAGUGGUGGGGGGCUACGCCGUGGUGUUGGCGGUGAAUGCUUUUGUUUACACCAGUCUGUCCUACAUCACCCUCAACGUCCUCAAAAGACUCCUCAACUCCAGCUUCAGCGGCGCCUUCACCGACGUGCCGUUCCAGGGGAUAGACUACAUCUUGCUGUCGGUGUGGGUGCUGCUCUGCGUCUCUGGGAUGGUCCUGCAGUUGCUGAGGGAGAGGGAACGCCCAUUUUUCCCUCCGAGUCCUUACUUGAUGUGGCUCCAGGAGCGAGAGCGGCGGAAAACCAACGUCCUGGACCCCAGCCACCACUACCCCCCACUGCCCAACCGCUUCCUGUCCCGUCUGAGGCAGCUGAUCCAGAGGACUGAGCCGGCCGGGGAGCACACGCCGCUGCUGCUGUAG